ACGAGAGCUUUCUAUAUUUUCCUUUAAUAAAAAGCAGAAUGGGUCAGACUAUCUGGGAAGGCAUUCGGCAAGGAACUGAAGUAAUACGAUUUCACGCCGCUGCUGUAUGAUCCCAGACCAGGGGAAGGAGCAGCACUCGGAGAACGCAGAGGUGCGCGGGCGGCCCACCACGGGCCCCAGACCACCAGUAUCUCAGCUGAGCUGGGGAGCAGACAACUCACAUGGUGACACACUGCCCCCCAUAGCCGGCCUGACCGUGACACAAGACUUACCCAGUAAGGCACUGAGGAAUGUCUGCCUCAAAUGACAAGGCGGGUUUUGGCAUAAUUGAUACAGAACUGUUCUCGCGGUGCGCAUUGGGAAGAGCCAGGGCUUUGAAGCCAAGGAUAGACGUGGGUCUGGGCCCCAGCUCUGUCAUUUAUGGGCUGUGUUGCCAAGAGGAAGUCACUUAUUUGUCACCACGCCUGUUUCCUCAUCUGGGCACUGGAUCGAACAACACGAACAACAAGGCGGUUGGUGUUCUCGAAAAGGCAGCGGUCACAAUCGUAGAUACGAAGGCCUUGCAGAGUAGGACGGGAAGACGCACACAGCAGCAGAACAGGGAAGUUACGUAUCUCCUGCCCUGUUCCCAGGGCAUUGCGGAGUGUGGUCACAUGGGUUAGGGAGAAGGUUAAAAAAACGGGGUGGGGGGGCAGGGUAUGGCCCCGCUGUCAACAGUUAGGAUCGGCGGUUGUCCUGGCCAGACUUUGUUCAUUCCUGCACUUUCUGGGGUUUAGAUACAGGCUGUGCAGGUCGACACCAGGACCUACAGUUGGCCCCGGAGGACUGCCCCACUUUGGGAUUUGGGGAGACACCUGCCUGGCACAGGUGAUGAGAAGCCUGGCGCUGCGUUGUGAAGACAUUCAAAGUGUUUUGAGAAAUCACGGGCUCUGAAAGGUGGGAGGCUGGGAGGCUAGCCAGCACAGGCCAGCAAGGCUGCCCACGGAAGGGAGAGGACUGGGCCAAGACUGGCAGGUGCCGAGGGAGGGACCAGGGACGCAGGGCAGCUGAACGUCCCAGUGGGACCUCGCCUGGCAAGCCCUCUUCCCGUCUUCCCUGUCCUCCCCUGAAGUGAGGAGGCCAGAGGCGGGCUCCCGUUUCUGAGUCGCCUCUGGCCUGGAGCAGACCCUUCCAACCUCUGGGCCUCAGUUUCUUCUGCGGUGAGCCGAGAUGAGUAAUACCAGCCUCGUGGGGUGGUUUUGUUAAUUGAGUGAAGUGGAGCGUGUGAGCGGCUUCACACACUCUAAAGAAAAACCCAGAUACUGUUUUUAUUGGAAUACUCACAAGUCAAAGUAGAAGCAUCUUCUCAACCUUCUUGAGUCAGGAGGACUGAAUUCAGUGCUGCCCAGAAAUACGCCGUGCGAUCGGCUUGAGCUUGGGCAGCUGGCAAUCUGUCCUUGUCUCCCUUGCCCUCAAUUCUCAGUUCCUCCAUGUUCUGCACCAUCUGAGGUCUCUGGCUAAACAGCGCCAGAGGGGGGUGCCACCAAGGGCUCCUGGUUUCUCAUUUUUUCUCAGCCUGCGUCCUGAGCGGCUGUGAGAAUGUGCUGCCACCUGGUGGUCAUGAUGAGCAUAGCGCCCCAGCAGAGCGGGAAUAAUUCCUGCAGACCCGAGAAGCUCGCGCCCAGAAGCCUUUACCCUGCCGUCUCUUGGAGUUUGAACAUCUCCUUGCUUUCUGGGUGCUUACAACCUGGAAAAAAUUUAGAGUUAGCUGAACCCUUCUCUGGAGUCUCCAUUAGGGCCUGGAGGCCUUCUGACACACGUGGUGUCAGUGGGGGUCUGGUGGGUGGGGUGUUUAACCCAGGAGUUCCCCUUUGCUGAGCAGGAUUUCCUGUUGCUCCGAGUGAAGGAAACUUGAACUCUCCCUUCCGCCUUGCCUUGGCUCGGAGUGGAUCUCCUGAACUCCGGCUGGAGGCCUCAGGGGUCCCUGGCUCCUUGGCCGAACCCAUGUGGCCCAAGUCAGUGGGACAGUGGCUCCAGGUCAGCCCCUGGAGGGAGGCUUCCGGAGGGCCCAGCGGCCUCCUCCUGGGCUGAGAACAGGGAAAGGAGGGGUGCCGGGAGAGGCUACCUUCUUGGCCAUCUCGCUCCUUCUAAGCCUCUGCGGCUGCCUCGCAAGCAUGAAGCUCUGUAAAAAUAUAGACCUUUGGGGAAGUGGUGAUGGGGCCAAGAGGAAGUGACCGAACUGAUUUUGUGCAACUCUGCUGGCUGCCGCGCAGGCAGUGGGAGCGAGCCCCAGGCAGAAGCCACCACCUCCUGCCUGUCCAACAUCCUGUCUCAGCAGCCGCCUGGACCACUUCUAAGUCUCCAAAGGCUUUUUCUUCCCCGCCUGGGCUCCUGCUUCCAUAGCAUCUUGCUGCUGGUGCGGGAUGGUGGCUGGGGCUUUUCAGGCUUGUCCGAGAAGCUGCAAAGGAGCAGAUGAAGGGCUCCCUGGCCAGCCUGUCACCCCAAGGGAGCCCAAGGGUAGGGGUGGGAGGGUAUGCCACGUGACAAUGUGCGCCUGUGGCCCUUGCCCUCCUUUCUGCCUGGCCGGUCAUCCUGUUGUCCUGCUGUUCCUCAAAGAGGUUUGUCACCGGAUGGGUUGCUGGGGUGAGGGCAUGUGAGACGUUGGUGGGUGUGCGGCGGAAAUGUAGAGUCAGCGGAUAUGCUUAUGGGAGGUGCGGAGUUUUUUGCCCUUGCAAGCAGGGGAUCUUAGCAUGUUCCUUGGGCAAAGGAUCUCUCGUGCAAAAGUGGGGUCCCAGCUGUGCCUGGCCCAGAGUCAACUGCCACUCAACCCUCAGGGCUUGCUGCUUUGCACUGUCUCAGUCUGUUCAGGCUGCUGUUAACAGAAUACCAAAGACUGGGUGGCUUAUGAGCCAUAGAGAUUCUCAGUUCUGGCAGCUGGGAAGCCCAAGUUCAAGGUGCCAGCAAAUUUGGUGUCUGGCGAGAGCCAGCUCCUUGGUUCAUGAAUGGCAGGAGGGGUGAAGGAGCUCCGUGGGGUGUCUCUUAUGAGACACGAAUCCCACGCAGGAGGGCUCCAUCCUCAUGACCCAGUCAUCUCCCAAAGAUCCCACCGCCUAAUAUUGUCACUUUGAGGCUCAGAUCUCAACCUAUAAAUUUGGGGAGGGGGCCACAAACAUUCAGUCUGUACCAUGCACUGAGAACCCAGAAAUUCUGGCUAAGGCUGGCACCAGAAUCUAUUUCUUGUUCCCCUGUGGCUCCUGUUUGCCUCUUUGUCCCAGGAUCUUUCUGCCAAGCUAGCAGAAAGCCAGAAUAUUCUAGUCAGUGCUGCUAUGGCUCUCUCAUGCAGCGCUGCACUCCCAUCCCAUCCAGUCCCCGAGUGAAAGAGUUGUGAGCCUUCUCCAUGCCGCUCACACCCCUCUUCUGCUCUUUCCAUCUUCUUGCUGAGCGUUCCUGGUCUAUGCUUCCUCUUGGCCCAUCUCACUUCCUGAAACACCCCUGAAGAGGGUUGCUUAUCUUGAUGGAGCUCGAGUGGCCCUCUGGGGGCAGGAGGCAGAGGCCUUGAGCGUGUCUGUCUGGGGAACUAAGAGAAGCGGCACUUUCAGAUUCAACCCACAUAGAACUAUCCUCCACACUUCUGGGAGCCCCGGGAUGCGUGGCCCACAGAGGGGCAGAAAGUGAUUGCCCCCAGAUGGGCUCUGUCUAGGAAAAGUGGGGUUCUCCAAGGGAGUGUCCCAUCAGAGAAGAGAAGGAAUGAGCCACUGUUGCUGCUGCACCUGGACUCCUAAUGAGAUGCCUGGCGAGAGCUAGGCUCACUGGACCACACGGAUCCUGUCAGCACGCCUGUCCCUUGGGAGGCUCCUUGGGGAGAGCAAGAUGGCUGUCAAUAGCACUGCCCUGUUGUUGGCCAAUGUGACCUACAUCACUGUGGAGAUUCUCAUCGGGCUCUGUGCCAUAGUGGGCAACAUGCUGGUCAUCUGGGUGGUCAAGCUGAACCCCAGCCUGCAGACCACCACCUUCUAUUUCAUCGUCUCCCUGGCCCUGGCUGACAUCGCCGUUGGGGUGUUGGUCAUGCCUUUGGCCAUUGUCAUCAGCCUGGGCAUCACCAUCCACUUUUAUAACUGCCUGUUCAUGACCUGCCUGCUACUGAUUUUCACUCACGCUUCCAUCAUGUCCCUGCUGGCCAUUGCUGUGGACCGGUACCUGCGGGUCAAGCUCACGGUCAGAUCUGGGAUUCCUGAGACCCCUGGGCAUGGCUUGUCAUUGCAGUUGAAGGUUGAUCACUGCCGUCCAGUCAUGGGGUUCUUCGUUCUGCUCUUCUUGACUGUCUUUUCAGAUGCCAUGGUCAUGGACGAGAAGGUCAAGGAAAGCUCUGUGCUGGCCACAGCUUCCGCCACCUGCAGCUACAGCGCCCACUACAAGGACCACCCCAAAUACUGGUGCCGGGUCUACUUCCGGGACUACUGCACCGUCAUUGCCGUCACGCCCAACAGCACCGACCGCGUGGCCCUGAGGGACACGGGAAGCCAGCUCAUUGUCACCGUGUCCUGCCUGACCAAGGAGGACGCGGGCUGGUACUGGUGCGGCAUCUGGCGGGCCUUUGCCAGGGAUGACAUGGAUUCCACAGAGCUGGUUGUGACUGACCACAGAGGAGGCCUCGCUCGUGAUUUUUGGUCUGGGAAAGGCCUCUCAGGCAAUGAGACCAGAAGCUGCAGGGCUUCCAGAGUGGUCCACCAGGCCGAUCAUUCCAGGGUGUCCAUUCUCGUCAUCUGCAUACUGAUCACAGGUUUGGGGAUCAUCUCCGUAAUCAGUCAUUUGUCCAAAAGAAGGAGAAGUCAAAGGCACAGAAGGUCAGACAAGUCACUGAAGCCCUCUGCGUGUGUCCUGACUCCACAGAAAAUGGCUCAGCCUGAACAGAUGUGACUGAAGACUUCUUUUAUUUAGUUUAUAAAUUAAGUGAUGCUCUAAUAGGGUCGGGAAAACCAGCCCGCACAUCGUGGGGACCGGUGGUGACCUCGCAGGUGUUCUGCGGGACCCUCUGACUUGCCAGCGACCACUUGCCGCUGGCUGAGAACAGCCGUCGCAAGUGAGGAAGAGGGGCAGAAUCUGGCUCAGGGGGCCAGGAGAUCACUUGUGUUUUCUUGGUUCGCCAAUAAAUUCCUGAUUGGUGUUGA